UGAUGCUUAUCGGAUGCAACACGUGAGUAGCACUCCCUGGGUGCUCUGCCGCCUGGUCCAUUCGCUCUCGUAGCAGACAUCUUCGCGAAAAACGAUGCAACAGCCGGCGUCACAGACAGCGGCAAGCAGUGCUGCCGAGGCCUCCCAGCAGGCCCAGAGCGGCACACAAGGCGACCAGGAGACGGCCUUCUAUGAAUCGCAGCGACGGGUGGGGAAAAUGACCCACAUGCACCUACAGGUGGCGGGGGCAUGCUGGUAAUUGUGUUUGUUUUGUGUGUGUGUGUGAGUGUGUGUGUGCAGCUGGUAUUACACGACUACUGCACGGGUGAGUUUGUGGAGGAGACCCUGGCGGUGCUACCGCAGAGGUUCACGUCGCUCGAGCAGUACCGCAUGUGCUUCAUUCCCGCGGUCAGCCACUGGCCCACAUACACAGACAGACAGACAGAGUCCCAUCUGUGUGUGUGUGUGUGUGUAGGCUGAGGCCAACAUCAAGGCCGAGAUCUACGCGUCCAUCUGCCAACUCAACCACAAGCGCCAGCUGUGAGAAAGCAACGAGGAGGUCACACACGUGUGCACCCGUCGUGUGUGUCUGUGUCUAGUGAGAUGGUGCUCUCUGUGUCCACCGAGCGGCGAUUUGUCCACGGUCGGUAUCAAAUCGCCUAUCAGUGGGCGAGCAAGGAGGACUUCAAACAGGACUGCGUGCGGGCGCUCCUCCACACCAACGAGGUGGUGCUGGUCUACGACAGGAGCCUCGACAUCACCACCAAAUUCGACCUCAAGGUGGCCGACGCAGAGGAGGGCAGAUGGGCGCUGGGAGUCAUCGACAAACACAGAUCACUCAGCCACUGGUCAGCCAAUACAGCGAGCCCACCCCACCAUGUGUGCCGGAUAUAUGUAUGUGUAUAUGUGGUUUAUCGAUCUCCCUCUCUCUCUCUGGGUGUGGUGUGGUGUGGUUUGGUGUGUUGUGUGCAGGGACGACAUAGAGGGGUUGCAGGAGCACGACAGGCGUGAGCAAGACGGGCGCGACGGCCGCGGCAGGGGGCGCUUUCCGGCAGGAGCAGCAGCGGGUGGCGGUGGAGGGAAGGGUCGCGGCCGCGGGCGGGGCAUCGUUAAGGGCCAGCAGGGUCCGCGACCGCCUCGCGGAUUCACCGGCCCGCUGUACGAGGGCGAGUCGUUCAACAACGGUGCGGCCGAUGAGCAGCAGGCCACCCCUGGUGACCCCGAGCAGCUGGACAUACGGCACCGCAUGACGCUGACCGAACUGACCGACCUCGGACAGCCAACCACGGUGAGAGAGGGCCGGGAGAGGGUGUGGGUCUAAUGGGUGUUGUUGGUGUUUGUCCAUGCGUCUGAUAAACUUGUUAGGUGAUCAACUUCUACACGUGGUCUGCGGCGGUGCCUGCGUUUGUCCAAAACGCCGUUACCAACGUCAUGGUCAUCCCUCUCGUGCAGGUGGGUGCAUUCAUGAGAUUAGAUGCACUUCACCCGUACGUAUACAUUCGUGUGGGGCUGUCUGUGUGUGUUGGUGUGAUGUGACGCAGAUCCCAACAUCGCUGCGCGCCGGCCUCCUGAACCCCACCACAAUAGGCCCUGAACUGUGAGCGCAAUGCCACCUGACCUGCCAACAGAGCAAAGCCACCCAACGUGUGUGUCGUUCAGUGUGCCGGAGGUGUUGGGUGUGCAAGCGGAGGAGAUCGACAGCAAGGACCAGCAGAUCGCCGCACAGGCCAAGCAGUUCCUCGCGGAGAAGUUUCAGGCGGAGAAUCCACAUGCACAGGUGCUGCCGGUGACCGACCAGCUGGCCAAUGACAUCUGCCAAAAACUGAGACUCAAUCAAAGCCAGGCCACUGCCGUCAAGGUGACUCUUCCCCUCUCCCUCCCACCUACCACACACACACACACACACACACAGAGAGAGAGAGAGAGAGGGAAAGGGAGAGAGAUCCAUGUGCGUGUGUGCGUCUGGUGCAGGAGUGUCUGGUGAACCCCACUCGCCGGGUGCAGCUCAUCCAGGGCCCCCCUGGGACCGGCAAGACGUCCACCAUCGCUGUCAUGCUGGCUGCCCUCGCCCUCUGCGGCCGCCGCACGAUGGCCGUCUCACACACAAACAUCGCCACUGCUGAGGUAAACAAGGAGGGAGGGAGGGAGGGAGGGACACUGCACGCAUCCACACGUAUCUGUGUGUCCAUCUGUCCACGUGUCAGAUAGCGCGGAAGUUCCUGACUCGUUUGGUGCGGCACACCGACCCUUUGGAGCUGCUGAUGGAGAAGCCGAAGCUGCUCGUGCCGCAGUCCUACCCGCUCGACGACAGGCGCAUGCGCCGCGCGCCGAAGACACACGAAGUGGACCACUUCCUGCCGUCGCACAUUGUCCUGGUAAGUCUGUCUGCAGUGUGCGUGUGUGUGUGUCCGUAUGGUUGCAGUGGUGCUGUGUGUGCGUGUGUGGCUGCAGGUUGGUUCGGAGGGCCGAGUAGACACGCGUGAAGGCAUAGACGCCAUUUGGGUAUGCGCGUGUGCCAGGGGGGACGGAGGGAGGGAAGAAUAUGCAUUCAUGGGGUGGGGCGUUUGUGUGGCGUGUGUGUGUUGUGUUGCAGGCCGACCAUAGAAUCCACAUGCUUCAGGCGAGUGUGCGGAUCAUUUUGGAGCUGCUCCGGGGCAUCAAGGGCCGGUACAGGCCCAGCACCAUACAGAACUGGAUGAAGCUGCCAUGGACCGUUGACACCACACAGGAGGACCGUAAGACAUUCAUCCACACACACAUCCACACACACACAGAGGGAUGGGUGUGUCGAUGGGUACGUUUGUGUGUGUCAGGCAUUCCGUUUCCCGAUGGUGCAGCUGAGAUCUACGCCGCGUUUGACAAGUAUCUCAGGCUGAUACGCAUCAACGGACCACCGCCCAGAUGGUACACACACACAUACACACACACACACACAGAUGCACACGUGCGUGUUGGUUGUGUGUCCUGUGUAUAUCUCUCUCUCUCUCUGUGUGUGUGUGUGUGUGUGUGUAGGGCUGCGCACCAGAAGAUCGAGACGUGGCCUCGUACCAUCACAGACGAGAUUCUCUUCCUGGGCGUCCUCUUCCUGGUGCCUUAAAUGCAUAUACACAUAUCACACCAAGGGAGAGUGCGAAGAAGGGGAGGCGAGAAAAGGCCAACCGACCUGCAUCGUGAACCCAUGGUUGGUCUCUUGUCGCUUCUCAUUGUCCAGCAAGCCUUCGCUCGCCGCUCCCAACUCCCCGAUAGGCCUCUUGUAACAACAACACCCCAACACCCCAACACCCCCCCACACAGAGAGAGAGAGGGAUUCGUGUUUUGUUUAUGUCGGUUAUCAGGGCGAGAGGACUGACGAUGUGCUGCCGAUGAUGUACCGGACGAUGGUGUGGUUCAACUGCCCCGGGCGUGUGCCGCCCCCCACAGAGGAACCCCAGCGCAUCGAGAUUUGCGAGAGCCCUGCACCACACAUCAUGUAGCGAUGCGAUCGACGCACACUUACACACUUACACGCACAUCGUGGUGGCUGGAGAGGAGAUGCUGUGGGUGUGGUUGGUUGUCUGGUGCCGUGUGUGUCACUCACACAUGGAUGGCCAUGAUAUGGAUGCAGGCCGAAUCUGGUCGAUUUGAUGGCGGAGGAUACCUCGGCUGGCGUGCUGGAAGAGGCGCUGGAGAGGAUCCGCUUGCUGCUCUACCGCAGACUCGUGGACGUCAACCAACGCAACUUCUCGCGUAAGCAAAAGGGGAUGGAUGGAUGGAUGGAUGGUCGACUCGUAUGUGUAUGUGUGUGUCUGUGGUGGUCAGAUCGUGUGUUGAACAAGAUGUUGGUGGACAGCGCGUCAGUGUGCUUCUGCACCACAACAGUGGUACGGUAGUUACGUGCGUGUGCACGGCGGGUGGGUGCUGCUGGUGGUGUGUCUGCAUGCCCUCCCUCCCCCCUCCCCUCCCCGUGUGUGUCCUUGCGCCAUUCAGGCAUGCAGACGAUUGUUCAACGACAUGUGGUUCCACACACUCGUCAUCGACGAGGCCUGCCAGGUCACUCUCACUCUCAUCCCCCCUCCCGGACCGACCCCCAUUGCCCAUGGUGGUGUGUGUGUGUGUGCGUGUGUGUGUGCAGGUGUUGGAGAGCGAGAGCCGCACGGCGUUCAAGGCGUGUUUGGAGGCGGCCAUUCUGGUGGGCGACCACAAGCAGCUGGGGCCGAUUGUCAUCAGCAACGCGGCGUCGGAGAGCGAAUUCAAGCGGUCGCUGUUCGAGCGGCUCGUCAGCAACGGACACCCCUUCAUCAGACUGCAGACACAGGUGGGUGUGAACGAAUGCAGUCAAGACAGAGAGAGAGAGACGCAUGUGGUCCAUCCAUCCAUCCAUGUGUGUGUGUGUGGGUGUCUGUGUGUGCAGUAUCGCAUGCGGCCGGAGAUUGCUGCCUUCUCUGUCCGGGAGUUCUACGAGAGUAAGCCCGUACUCACACACACGUGCGCAGGACAGAAUCGACACACGAUGGGCAGCUGCAAAUGUGUGUGUGUGUGUGUGUGUGUGCAGAUGCCGUCGAGAAUGCCGGCAACGUGACGUCGGAGGAGUGGUCCAAACCGUGGCACUCCUACAAGUCAGCAGCCCCCCCCUCACACACACACACACACACAGAUGGCCACCAUGUGUGUGGUGAAUUGGUGCACAUGGCAGGCACGGUCUGUUCCCGCCAUUCUGUCUGUUCGACACGAGCAACGUGUCGCGCGACCUGGUGCACGAAGCCCACGACUUGACCUCCACUUUUGCCAACAGCAAGAUGAACCAGGGCGAGGUCGACGUCAUCAUCGCCCUCCUCUGCUGGCUAUACGACACCUACGAACACCUCUUCCCGCCCAUAGACACCCACCUCGAGGACACCGACCUGCCCAUCACUGCCAAUGUCACGCCGAUGGACAUCGGCAUCAUCGCGCCUUACCGUCGGCAGGUCCGGGCGGCUGCCAUUGGGGCCACACAGACUUCACACACUCGUGUGUGUUGUCCAUGUGUGGGUGCAGAUUGAGUUGAUCCAGGAGCAGCUGGCGGCGAGGAUCCCGCGGAUGCUCAACUACGUCACCAUUGCCACCGUUGACGCCUUCCAGGGCCGCGAGAAGAGCAUCAUCAUCUUCAGCGCCACACGAGCCAAUGCACACGGUAGGUAGGGUGCACACACAUGACCACAACACACGCACGGAUGCACUGACAGACACUGAUAAAAUAAACACAUCACACCCUCCUGUCUGUGUGUGUUGAUGAUCAGGUGAGAUUGGCUUCACCAGCGACGCCCGCAGGCUCAACGUCGCCCUCACUCGAGCCAAACACUCCUUAUGGGUACGCCCCCCGGCACACACACACAUGUGGAUGGAUGGAUGGAUGGACGGAUGGACACAGUAAUGUCCGACAGGCAGACGGUCUGCCAAGGUGCCCUUGUGUGAUGUGACCUCCCUGCUGCUGUCUGUCUGUCUAUCUAUCUGUGUACGUGUGUGUCAGGUGAUCGGCCACAUGAAGACCCUCGUGCAGAACAAAUGCGCGCGCAGGCCGAUGGGGUCGCUGUGGUGAGAGGGUCUUAAAGAGCAUCACGCCACACAUAUCAAAGGAGGCAGCCAGCGAUCAAGCUGCAUCGAUCCCUCUAUGUCUGUGUGUGUAUGUGUGUGUGUGUGUGCGUGUGUGUGUUGACUGACUGACACACAGGGAGGACCUGCAGUCCCACGCGUUGGUCAUGGCGCAGCGCACCCAGGCCUCCGAUGACAACCUCCUCUCAGCAUUUGUCGACGUGGCCCAUGAGCCAAGGCUCAUGGAGUUCGUCGGUAUGUGCACACACAGACACACACACUCACACCCAGGCACAUCCACCUGGCCCCACCCUCUCUGCGCCUGCAGGACUGUCAGGGAGCAGUGGGGUGGCCCGCCGUGACCCCCUGAUGACGACCAUCAAGUCUUCCUCGCUGCUGGGAGCCUUCACCUUCCCCGUGCUGAUGUCGUCCCACGCCAUCAACUGGCUCAUGGCCAUGGCCAGGGGCCACUUUGACGUGGGCACCAUCAACAAGAUCAAGGUCUGCAUCAGAAAUCUCGCCAGGGGCAACCAGGAUGUCCGUCGUCGCAAGCUCCUGAUAUCCGCCACUCAGAGGCCGUAGGCCUGCAUCAACGGGCAGCAGGGGCCACAACACAAGACAAGACACACAGGUGGCGUGCCCUUUGUGUGUGUGUGUGUGUGCGUCUUUACGUGUGGGAUCGAAUCUAUCACCGCCAGCAACAUCGAAGACCUGUUGAUCUUCGAGGAGGCCGUCCAGCAGACACCUUUGGUCAUCAUCUGGAGCAUGGCGCUCGACGACGCAACCAACGGCCAGGCAGUCCGAAUUUGGACCAUCGAACACAGAACAAACCGCACACGUGAGCGACGCGAGCCACCGACCGACCUAACGGUGGUGUUGGGUGCAUCACAGAGCUCUGUGUGUGUGUGUGUGUGUGUGUGUGUCAGGGUCGUCCUACGACUACGACGGCAGGAUUCUCGCUUGGACUCAUUUCAACGUCCACACGAGCGAGUACCGCAGGGCGUGUCUGGCCCACGGCGACCUCGAGGACAUCAAGAGGCGCCCAGACCGCCCCCUGCCCAACAAGGACGUCCAGAUCAACCCCGGCUGGACAGACAACCGUGAGUGGCGCGCGGUGAAGAAACCUGACCAUAGGAGUGCGUCGGCAGCAUCGGGUGGUGACAGCUGGGGUUCGCCGGCGAUUGAGAGGCUCAGCGGGGCUGAGUGUGAGGUGAGGGGCUACGAGAUGGAGACCAUCGACAUCGAGGACGCCGAAGGCGAGCCACUGCUCCCAUUCCUCCCCACACAUCGCACCUUCCACCGAAUGAACAGGUCAGUCAGUCAGUCAGUCUGCCCCCACCGCCCCACACCCAGGCGCAUCCACCCUGUGUGUCUGGUUUCUUUUCCUCGCCGUCCGGCCAGUGAGUUCUUUGGCCACUUCGUGGAGCUGCUCAAGCACGUGUGUGAGUCGGCCGGUUCGUCCUCAUCUGGCCCGCUCGCCGACAGGCCCGCCGCCGAGCUGGAGCUCUUCCACGUGUCGGGUGGCCACCGUGCGUGGCCCCCGGCCCUCGACUACCGCCUGCAGCGGAUCGCUGCCGACGGUGGGGCCUCGCUGUUCAUCAUGGGCACCGCUGGGGCCGGCAAGACCAAUGUCCUCAUGGCCAGGUGAGUGGGUGAGACAGGCAGCCUGAGGCAGGUGCAUAUGGAUGGAUAGAUGGAUGGCGUGUGUGUCGCAGGAUGCGUCAGGUGGAGCAGGAGUGGGUGGUGCGUGAGCAUGUGGGGCUGCGGCCGCUGACCGAGCACGGCUGGGGCGGUGAGGGGGGGUGGCGGCAGGGAGACGACCCCGAACAACUCAGAGAGGACGACCCCCGGAUGCUCACACAGCCCACAUGGAAUGACUCUGAUGGCGACAAUGACGCACAGGCAGCGCCUGUCCGUCCAGUCAAUCCCUACCCCGCGCCGUCCAUUCUCCUCGUCGCAGCCGACGACGCCCUGGCAGACACCCUCCGGCAGCAACAUGAGCUGCACCGAAGCUGGAGUCGCCUCUCGGCCCCCUCGCCCAGCAAGCUCAUCAACGACGGCAAGGCGCAGCAGUACGACUGGAUUUUCCAAAAGAAGAAGGACGGCCUGCCCCUCUACGUCCCGCCGCGUGUCGAGGCCCUGCGCGACGCCAUCAACAGCCGCAUCCACCGGGUCAGCGGCAACCCGCCAGAUCCCAUCAGGUCGGAGCCGCUGUUCAGCCGGCAGGUGUUCCGGCUGCCUGAGGGGCGAUCAGUGUGCUCAAGGGAGGCGGGGGCCGCCGACGACGGUGCCGGGGCUGGGGGAGGGGCGGGGGCGGCCGAUGACUGCCAUCCUGCCAUCGUGGGGCCGAGGGCGCUGCUCGUCUCUGUCGACGGUACACACACACACACACACGCACACACAGAUGGGAACCUCCCUUUAUCACUGUGUGUGUCUGUGUCUGUAUGUGUGAUGCAGAGAAUCUGAUCGACCCGUUUUUGGACCAUCCCGACCUCCCUGGUCGUCACAACCUGUACCCUCUCGCGCGAAACAUCCGACGAGUCGACAUACGAGUGGGUACACACACACACACACACACACAGAGUGAUGCCCACUGUCGCUGGACAAUGCAGGACGAGGUGACGUUCCGCGAGUUCUUCGAAGGCUUUUGGCCCCACAUCAAGUGGUAUAUGAACGGGUGGCUUAGGGAGCUCCAGCACAGCAGGAGCGGCCGCAUCAUCGACAUGGACCUGCCCGACGACAUUAGUGCGGAGGACGUGACGCGCUGCGGGCUGGCCGAGUACCUCACCCACCCAGACGGCACCUACGAUUCCAAACACGAGACUGGACUGGUGAGUGUGUGCGGUGGGUCAAAACAGAGAGAGAGAGAGAGAGAGAUGGGUGGGUGCGUCCGUGUUGGGUGUGUCUGAUAUGGUCAAUUGGUCAAUCAGGGGUAUUUGGUGUGGAGUGAGAUCAUCUGUUCCAUACCAGCGCACCUCUCCACCACCCAGCGCAAGAAGGACGAGAAGCGGCUCGAGGCCUACCUCUUCCUCCGCUGGGGCACCACCCGCCCCCGAAUCACAUUCGACAACGACGGCAACACCGCCAGCCCUUCGCCCUCUUCACCAUCAGUAUCAUCAUCAUCAGCCGCAGCAGCAACAGCAGCAGCGGAGGGGCCCACAGUGGUGGACGAGGACACCUACGGUCAGUACGGCGGGAACCCCAUGGCCCUGACGGCGAGCGAGUACCUGCAGCAGGCGGAGCGGACGGGGCGGCCUGCGUAUCUGUCUCGGGGCGACCUGGUGGUGGUGUACGCCAUGUGGCGGCAAUACGCCCAGAUGAAGGAGAACAGGGGCAGGGGCGAGUGGGACAGAGCCGACCUCGCCACACAUGCACUGGUCGGUCAGCAGACAAAGAAAGAGGCGAUGGUGUCUGUGCAUAUGGAUGGGAUGAUCCGUCUGUGUUGCACAUGGGUGACAUGGAGGUGUGGGUGUGUGUCAGGUGUUGCUGUCUGCUCAUGCUCGUCGUGCGUAUCGUGGGAGGGUGUUCGACUACGUCUUCUGCGACGACGUGGACUUGUGGGCGCCAGUGGAGGUGGCCGUCGCAUUCCACCUGGUGGGCAGCAAGCGACGCAUCGCCAUGGCCGUCUCGCAGGUACGCACACACCCCCCUCCUCCCCCCCUCCACAGCUCAUUAUUCCAGCGAUGGACACUUGCAUGGUGCGUCUGUCUGUCGUGUUAGGAGGGCGUGCUCGGCCCGCAGACAUGCGACAAUGUCUUCCCCAUGUACUCCAAAUUCAUACGUACGCCACACACACGUCACCACCCGACAGACAGACGGUAUUGGUGCGUGUGUGUGUGUGAAGGCUCCCGCGCCCAGCUGACGCCGCCGUCGAUUCUGCUUCACUCGUGCCGGUCGACCGAGUUCCUGACGCUUCUGGCCGCCACUGUUGUGAAACCUCUGCGCCGGCUGCUGAGUGGCAAGACGAUGCUCUUGAAGAAGGGACAGCUGCACACCGAUGACAGCGACCACAUCGCCCGGGCACUGUCAGUACCCGCCAACAGAAGAUACAACACCGUCGAGCAGCAGCAGGUGGGGAAGAGGGUGGGGUGGGUGUUGGGAGAGCAGGUGGGGGCAUCCAUCUAUCCAUCCAUCCAUCCAUCAUGUGUGUGCAGGUUGACGGGCCCGAUGCGCUGCCCGACGACCUGGUCCGUGCGCGGCGGGAAGAGGCCGACACACGUGCCCUGCUGUCACUCCGUCGCCAGGGGACCUUCCUCAAGCCAUCGCUCCUGCUGCUGCCUGAGGAAUGGCUGGACUUGAGGAAUGUGCCGCACGAGGCGAAGGCGGACCUUCUGUUCGAGGCGUUCCAGCUGGUGCAGCCCCAGUUCAUCGACAGCCGGCGGUCUGUGGGCGACCACACAGGUGGGUGGUGCGCAGAGAUCCAUGCGGAUGGAUGGAUGUGCUGUCCUUUGCAGUGGCGAUCGUUGUUCGGCGGGAGUACGACGUAAAAAUGGUCGCGGAAGCACUGGCAGAUAUCACUCAGGUGCGGACACACACACACACAGAGAUACCUAUACAGACGCAAUGAUCCCGCCCCGCCCCGCCCCAGGAUGACAAGCACAACGGCCGCUGGCGAUGGCAGCGGAUAAACUGUCACGACAGCGCUCAACGCUCUCGCCUGCAUCUGCGUCACCGCCAGCGGUCGCUCUCGCCAAGCCGCCGGUCUGCGCACUCGGGGUCGUCUCCGGGCCUGUCACGUGCCACUGUGUCGAGCCGUGAGGGGCCUGUGGCGGGCCGUGACAAGGAUGAGCGCUGCGUCAUCCUUGUCGAGCGAUUCGACGACCUGCUCGCACUCAAUAUGGAGUUUGAUCAGGUACGCUUAAGAAGGGCGGGAGAAGGAGCAGAGGAGAGGACACGAGAUGGAUGGAUGGAUGGAUGCUCUCUCUCUCCCUGUCUCUGCGUCUCUCUCCUCUCCUCUCCGUGUGUGUCGAUGUGUCGAUAGGUGGUAGUCUACGAUUUCUUCUUCCGUUCGGAGCAGCUGGAUUUGGUGUGGAUGCAGCCGUGGGUUGGCUGGGUCUUGGAGAGCUUCCAGUCGGGCGUGCCCUUCAUGCCCUACGUCCAGCAGUUCCCCGUCGACGUCUCCAACCUCGUCGAUGAGCUCCGCCUUCUCUACGCCAUCAUACGCAUGGCCAGGAUCAACGUCAGCUUCAUUGAGGUGCGGCACACACACACACACAUUGACAACACAGAAAGCCCACAUGUAUUCCGAUGUCAUUUGUGUGUGUGUGUGUGUUGGGGGCCGUGUGUGUCAUGCAGUCGAGUCCCGACUCGUCCGUGGCACUGAGCGCCUGGUGGUCGGCCCGGGGCAUCGUGGACGUCCAUGAGCUCGCCAAUGUCCGCAGGCAGGACCAGCGGGGCCGCCUCGCGCUAGAGCUCAGCGGGUCGCCGCAGAAGCUCUUCGAUCAACACAAGAGGGCCAUCGCCCGGUGCGAGCAAGAGAGCCAGCAGAUGAAGCAGCAGAUGGAGACGAGCACCCGCAACAACAACACCGGAGCUGCUGCUGCUGCUGCUGCUGUUGCUGUUGCUGUUGCUGCCCAGCCAUCCCGCCCCUCCCGUCCAGCAGCUGCAGCAGCAUCAUCAGGGCGUGGCGGGCGUGCUUCCCCCGCCCCAUCCUCCAUCGCACCCAUGGCACCCCCCCGUCCACACGCACCGUACAACGACACCAACAACCGAGACCGAGGCGGCCGCUACCCUGACGAUGACCUUGAGGAUCUGCCGAUGCCGCCGCCGCCCAGGGACCGUCGAGGUGGCAGUUAUAGGUGGCAGCAGCGUGACUUCCGUGACGACUGGGCGGACGACGACAGCAGUGAGGAUGGUGACAGCAGCUACGAGUACAGCCGAUAUGGGGGCGGCGGGGGUGGGGCGUACCAGAACUCCUGGCAGAACCAGCAGAUGAGGGGCGGGUAUGAUGACUAUUAUUAUGGCUAUGAUGACGACGCGCGGUCGGACUACAGCUACCGGUGACUGACGGAUACAGUGUGUGACACAUAGAUACAUACAUGACCGACUGACUGAUCUGACUGAUUAGUGGGGAGGGACCGGCGCAUGCGGUGCAUGCACAUCGAUGCUGCAUGCAUCGAUAUAUGCUGUUUUGCUGUGUGACGGGAGUAGCGGGCCCGCGGAUCGGGGCCGAUGCGUACAGAGUCUUUUACGAGUAGGGGAGGACAGCACCACCUACGUGUGUAUGUUUGUGUCUGUCGUUGUGCUGUCGUCACUUUCGAUGCACCGUCGACGUGAUCUUACUGCUGCUAGCUGCCUCGGG